GUUAGAGGGACGUGUAGCUGCUGUACACGGAAGUGCUCGCUUGCCGGUACAGUCGCAGUUACUGAUUGAUAGUUCUGUAGCGGCGGGAUUAAUACCAGCGGCUUGGAGAGAUGGCGGGGGAUUUUUCUAUGAUCGGUUCGGUAAUCCUCGGCUUAUUGCUGGCUGGAUAUCUUGGACAACAGUACCUGCCUCCUCCUAAACCCAGGGUAAUUGGGUUAGAUCUUGGGACCACAUUUUGCUCAGUUGGAGCAUUCCAGCCAGGAACAGGAGAUGUGGAGGUCAUUCCAGACGAGAAGGGACGGAAAAGCAUCCCGAGUGUGGUGUCCUUCACAGACACCGGCAUAUAUUCUGGACACGAAGGACAGGAAUUACAAGACAUUAACCCACAAAACACAAUAUAUGAUGCCAAGAGGUUUAUAGGAAAGGUAUUUGACCAGAAGACUUUGGACCAGGAGAGUGCACGUUACCCAUUCAAGGUCACCUUCAACAACGGCAGCGCAGAGUUUUUGGUCUCCACAAACAGCACUUUCACAGUGACCCCCGAAUUCAUCGGCUCUCGCCUCCUGUUGAAAAUGAGAAAGAUGGCUGAGAAGCAUCUUGGAGUUCCCAUUGAGAAAGCGGUUAUAUCUGUUCCAGCAGAGUUUGACGAGAGGCAGAGAAACUACACCAUAAGAGCUGCCAACCAGGCUGGGUUGGAGAUUUUAAGGGUUAUUAAUGAGCCCACAGCAGCAGCGAUGGCCUACGGGCUCCACAAAGUGGAUGUGUUUAACGUGCUUGUGGUGGACCUGGGAGGAGGGACGCUAGAUGUGUCUUUGCUCAACAAGCAGGGUGGCAUGUUCCUUACCAGGGCCAUGGCAGGCAAUAACAAGCUGGGAGGGCAGGACUUCAGCCAGCGUUUGUUCCAGUACGCCAGUGAGCGAGUGCGCCAGCAGUACGGAGCGCCCCCCACCUUGAAGGAGGACGUUCAUCGACUCCGACAGGCCGUAGAGGCAGCCAAGCUCAGACUGACCGUGGAGCCCAGCGUCUCCCUCAAAGUGCCUCUCUGCCUGCAGACCACAGGAGACGAGGGUCCACAGGAAGAGAAAGUUACGUUCCAAGAGGAGCUCACCCGCGAGCUCUUUGAAGACCUCAACGCAGAUCUGUUCCAGAAGAUCCUGGCUCCUAUCGAGACUGUUCUGGUCGAGGGACGUCUAGAUAAGGCCGAAAUCGAUGAGAUCGUUCUGGUGGGAGGCUCCACCAGGAUCCCUCGCAUUCGGCAGAUUAUUAGCCAAUACUUUGGCAAGGAGCCAAACACGUCUGUGGACCCUGACCUAGCUGUGGUGACUGGAGUGGCCCUCCAGGCGGGCAUCAUGGGAGGGUCUUGGCCGCUACAGGUCAGCGCCAUCGAGAUUCCAAACAGGAGUCUGCGGAAAACGAACUUCAGCUGAGAACCGAAUAUCUUUAAAAUCAAUGGACCUCACCAUUGAUGUGCAAUAACUUUUGCACAAACUGUUCUAAUGAAAUCAAAUCGACUAAAAAGAGAAACGAAUGCCAAUUUCAACGUAUCCAGACCAUCUCUACAUGGAUGUUUAUAUUUUACUUUUUUUUUUUUAUUCCAUCAGUCAAUAGAUAAAAUGUGUGAUUUACAUUGCAAUCUUAAGUCCCAUCAGGACAGGAUUAGUUUCUCAGGGGGUUGUCUGUGGAAAAAGUGUGGAUUUCACACUUUUCAUCACAUUCAGUAGCUCCUCCAUUUCCACUCUCUGUUGUUUUUACGUGGAUCUCCGUGGAAACGUGCACCCAAAGUGUAAUUACAGUGCGCGGCAGUGGACAAAUAGCUAUUUUAUUAAACACGAGGUGACCAAACAGGACCUCAGAGUUCAGCAAAAAACAGUAGGUUAUUCAGCCUGUAAUUUUUUAUUCAGAGGACGCCUGAGAAAAACGCAUGCAUAGUCAUUCCAGACGGACAUAAAAUCACAGAGGACCAUCCAUAAAAAAGAGAAAAUUACCCCAAGACCCCCUGAGAAACUAAUCCCAUCUGGAUAGGGCUAUAGAUUUCAGAAGUGGAUUGAGAAAGACGGAGCUGUACUGAGAUUUUGCAAGAAUUUGUGUUUGUAAAAUUCUUUGUUGGGACCAGAAUGCCUGCAGGGACUGGCAGUUUUAAACUUGGAAUUUCAUACAAAAAUAAAAUGGUUCAGAAUAGUCAGAAACACGUUGCAGAUUUGAAAUAUAAUGCUGUGAGUAGUUAAAAACCGUACAAACUUUCUGGGCAAGUUUAUUAUUAUUAUUAUUAUUAUCAUUAUUUUAUUUUGUUACAGCACUGGAUAAAAGUGAAUGGGAGUCAUAGUUACUGGUAACUACAGUAACAUCUACUAUAUGGGUUUGUUCUGGCAAAUUAGAACAAAACCAUUUAGUGGCCUGUUAUAGAAACAUUUGUUUAUAUGUUUUCAAUGUGGGUCUGGACCAACUGUACGAAGCUUUGAAAUGUGACCAGUUGUUCUUUGGCUAUUUAUUUAUUUAUUUUUUAAAUCAUUUUGCUUGUGCCUUUUGCAAAUGCAGUUACUUCAUUUUAUUUACAUACUGUAACAUACAACAGAUUAAUAAUUCAACAUUGCGUUUACGACUUUUGAUAAUUGCUCAAAAUGUAGAAAAUAUUAUGUAUUUGUGGAAUAUUUCCACCUGCCAACUGUACAGUGUGUACUGGUAUUUGUAAAACACGCUACUGAUAAACUCAACUGUUCAUUAAAAAGAUCAUUAAAAAACUGUCCUGAAAAGAGAAAUAAAAUACAUGGGAACUUUCAAA